GGGAUGGCUAAUAAGUGAUGGCGCCCUAUUCACGCACGAGUGCACAUGGGCCGCAGUCUCAUGGUCAAUCAAAUGGCCUCAAUCGGGCCCCUGUGCCUAUGGGGGUUUUUGAUGCUCCUCCAUCCACCAUGGCCGCGCAAUUGAUUAGCAACCUGGCCACGACGAACCCUCCCAAUGGCAACCACCGAGUAUCAUCAAGAGAACCCAAACAAGAUGAACUGAAGAGGCUGAUGGUCGAGGUUUCCGAGUUGGAAAAUAGUGGCCAUGAGCCCACAGAUGUCGUGGUGAAGCUGGAGCACAAACACAAACUGGUCUAUGUUUUUGCUCGGGCGGUGCUCGAAAGACUCAAUCAUGACGACCCCUUCAUGAACAUCCCCCAGCUCAUAUCGCAAGCAUCAGACGCUCUGGAUAUCUUUACAUCAACCAUCACCGAAGUUCCAUUGGUGUUAGAUUAUACCUCGAAUUCUGUAAAGUCCUUUCCAACGCGUGGCCCGGAGCCAUUAUGGGUUUGGUUAUUCCCAAGGCUUCUGACCCUUUUUGGCCGCCCCGGGUGCGAUCCUCUGACCGCGAAAAUCAAAGAUUUCUUCCAAGUCUGUUUUCAGGUCGUAUCGAAAUCCCCAAAACUAUGGAAAUUAAAUUUCCUUUUCUUUUCCUAUCUGAAAGAUUGUACCUCAGGUAAGCGGUGUCUCUGCUCAACAGUGAUAUUGUCUUACCACCAUUUAGCUAUCUUGAAUCAUCUCCCAAACUCAAAUAUACUCACGCAAGGCAAAAUGGGCGAAUUGAUUUUACCAGAUGCAUUCGGCUAUCUUGUCUAUUCGACAGAUGAAUCAUCCACAACUAAUCCGACGCCAUUCUGUACAUAUACGAUACGUGAUCCCGGCCAUGCGUUCUCUCAUGUCGUCAGCCUCCUCAAUAUGCUUGUCGAUGUGUCUGUUGAAUCUGCUUCCACGUGGGAUGCGACUCCUGCUUUCCAGGAUUAUGUGGCUUGGGUGUUGGAUUCUUUCGCGAUCGUCCACGACAUCAGAAAGAGAUGGGAGUCCAACCCGAGACUACGAGAGUGUUCCGAGUCUUCCGCCGAGACUAUCCUACAUGCUUUGCACUCCUUGAUCUCUUCGCUAAAGAGUUCAUUGUCCGACUCCGUCCUGCGGAAAGGAUAUCUGAUUCUUACCACUUUCUGUGCUGAAAUACUGGAGACUCCGUAUAAUAUUUCGGGCGAGUCUUCCCUACUAUGUCUGUGUCGUUGCCUGUUAAAUAUUGCCCUGGCCUCUCGAAAACAUGACUCCAUUCAACGUGCAGUCUCAAUACAUCUUUUUCCGACUAUUAGGUUUUGUUUUGAUGACCAAGAUAUUCUUCUAAAACUCGGUAACGAUUUUCAGGUAUGGUACAUAAUCUUUUCUCCCAAAUUUUACUGGCUGAUCGUUCGAUAGAAAGCAACGAGUAUUCUUUCGGAUGUCUGCAAAGUGGAACUUAGCAAGCCUCCACAACUUAUUACUUAUGAUACUUACGACAGUGUAGAGCUAAACAUGGAGUUUAGUAAUCUCAUGAUUGAUAAGGUUGUACAUGAAACUUCUCAUGACGGGCCUCCAUCCAAGAGGCGGAAGGUGGAGGAAAGCAAUGAGACUUUCGGUCAAGUAGUCGGGAACCUAUAUUCUAUUCUUGGAGCCCAAGUGGCCACGGACCUUGAUGGACUGAGCAAUAUUGCCGAGUAAGUCUGUUGAACCAAGCACUCAUGGAAGCUCAUUAACAUACCCAGGUCCUGCUUUGCGGUGCUAAAUGUUGAGGACCAAUGUAAAGCUAUCGAUCAUAUGUCUCGUAUACCUUGUGCUGCGUAUGGCUCCUUACAAGUGAACCACAAUGCAGAUGGGACAAUUCGUGACUCAAAAUGUCCAGUCUGCGAGGGCGUUGUGGACCCAGACAUGUCGAAUAUCUCUAAAACGAGAUGCCAGAGUGUGAGCACAGAAGCGGUAGCAACAUUCACGGCUUUAGUCAAGUCCUCUGUUUUCCUUGAUUCGAGACGGCCGCGUGUCAUGGCCAUGUUUGCCCUUCGACGCUUCACAGUGCAUUUCGAGGAUCUGGAAUUUUUCGAUCUGGAAAAGUCUCCACUCGGCCAGUGGUGCUUACAAUCAUUACGUAGUUCCAUUCGCGAACUUCGUAUUACUGCUGGGUUGGUACAUUCCGACCCAUAAUUCGGAUCUUGCUAAAUUAUUCCCUAGUCGCACUUUAGUAGGGUUUCUUCGUGAUCUCGGGUCCGCAGAAGACUUGACACGAAAGAACAGAUUCAAUGUACUACAAUUGCUACGUUCAUUUGCGGAGAACGGAAAUUUACAAUUCCAAGAGACCUGUGUCCUUGCUUUAGGUCAAGUAGGCAGGUACGUCGUACCUGUAUGAAUGUCAAAUCUUUGACGCUCACGAAUAUAGGAUUUUUGAUGAUGAAGAGCUCAACAUUGUUCUUCUGAGCCUAGUCGGAUAUCUUGGACACAGCAAUCCCAUAAUUUCGGGCGUUGCAUUCAACGAAGUAAGUCCUCAUCAAAGGUUUUCUCGAAAGCUGUCACUGAUCUUAUUCUCGAAAGAUUUUAAAGCUCGCCAAAGCCAAUGGUGUUACAGUGGACCGCAUGUUUAGCCCAUGUUGGGGAACUAUUGCGAUUGAGGUCAUCAAGGACCUCCUCGUGAGACCUCAAACCACGCAAUUAAUGGCUGAUCUCCUGGCUAUCUCAGUAUCCGAGUUUCUCAUAUUAACACAAACACAUACCUUACCUUGGCUAGUUUUGCUUGGGAAGACCGAUGUGAUCAAGAAGAUAGCAGAUGCAAGGGGCGAGAAAGAUGCAGAACUAGCCUGCAUGGAAACAUCAAAUAUGGUCGCUAUAUUGCCACUAUUACUAACUCAGACUGGCGAUAUUGAGAAUGUGGCUAUGGCACGACUCAAAGCUGUUUCUCCCAAAUUCCAGGAUGUUGAUUUUGCCAAACUAAUGAAAGUCGCACCUGGAUCGCAGGCUUUCUAUCUCCUGAAGGCUGCAGGUGAGGCAGACCUCAGUAAGAAAUCAAGGGUAUGUUGGCCAAGCUCUAAGUCAUUCAUGUCCACUAACAGGAUGCCAGAUUCAUUUCGCCUUAGGUUAUUUGGCAAAACAUGCUUCUGAACCAAGUGAAGGUUCCCGUAAGAAGAAAAACACUGUAGGGAUGUUUCUUGAGCAGCAUCUGCUAGGAUUAGUAGCACGACUUUCCGAGGUCGUCAAUGAUCCCCGAGAUGAACAUCCAACCCAGGAGAAGCAGCGCUGCGUUAAGGCAUUCGAAGAAUUGGUAAAGGUUGCGAAAACUCACGCUCGAGCCGCUCGACCACAGGUAUGAAUGACAAGGAUCUACAUGGUGCAGAGUUUAACUAACUUCAUGUCAGAUUUGUGCAUGUCUCCAGUCAGCUUUGGACCACAAGAUUCUUCAAUCAGCUGCUAUGUCUGCAUGGGGUGCAAUUUUGACGUACCUCGGUGAUGAAGAUGUAGAACCGAUGUUGGAAAGUACCUUUUCGACCAUCAUUCAGCGCUGGGAAACCUUCAAUGGCCCCACAAGGAAAACUGUGGAAGAUUUUCUGCAAUAUCUGAUCAAGAACCGAGCUCACCUCAUUCGGAACAUGAUUGUAUUUCUUCCUUCUUUAGGCCAUGUCCCAGAUUUGUCCGAAAUUGAGAGUCAAAUCAAUAAAUGGAGAAAGCCCACUGAUGCUGGCAAUGCUUUCCAAAUCUUUAGUCGACGAAUUGGUCAUGAGAAUCCAGGUGUUGUUAUUCAAGCGCUUGUUGAGCUACGGGACUAUCUUCAGGUCGAACAGUCAUUCCUUCAAAUGUCGGCAAUCGGUGAGCAGCCUGACAUAAUUGUGGCUACACUUGUGCGAUCAGUACUGGACACUUGUGUGAAAUUCAAUGGUUCUCACAACGAUAUUGCUCGGCUAUCAGCCGAAUGCAUAGGUCUCAUCGGCUGUCUAGACCCCAAUAGGGUUGAGUCUGUGAGGGAGCAGAAAGAGAUGGUUGUGGUAUCGAAUUUCGAAGAUUCAUCAGAAACAACGGAUUUCGUUCUUUUCAUGCUGGAAGAAGUGAUUGUAAAGGCAUUUCUUUCUGCUACAGACACUGCAUGGCAAGGAUUCUUGUCAUAUGUCAUGCAAGAACUCCUAUGGAAAUGUGACUUCAAAGAGAUCUGCGCUACGGGUACGAGAAACGCAGCUGACGAGGAGCUAUACGAGAAAUGGUGCCGACUGCCAAUAAACGUUCAAGACACGCUGACGCCAUUUUUAACCUCGAAAUAUUCAUUGCUAGAAGGGAAGCUGGCUAAGGUCACGUAUCCAAUCUUCAACCCAGACAACGCGGCGUCUGGCAAGAUGUAUGUUUCUUGGCUGAGAUCCUUUGUUUUAGACCUUCUCCAAAAACAAUUCAAUCUCCACGCAAACAUAAUUUUCCCUGCUCUCUAUCGAGCUAUCAGAAUCAAGGACAUUUCUAUAGCUAGUUUUUUGCUGCCUUACGUGGCGUUGCAUGUCGUCACUCUUGGAGCUGACCAGCAUAGGAAAGAAAUAACUGAAGAACUUCUACGGAUUUUGACGUAUGAUGUGGAAGAUGACUCAAAGACGCGGAAAGAAGAGCUGAAGUUGUGUCUAGAAGUAGGGAAUAGUCCUCUCUCCUGUUCUAUGCUAUAUGCUAACAAUUUAUAGGCCGUAUUUCGCAUACUAGAUUAUUUCUCUCGGUGGAUUCAAGAGAAGCAGGCCAAGCUCAGUCGCCGCCAUACAUCAGCAGAUGCACCUGUCAAUCCCGAGGUCCAGCGAGUUGAACUCGUCCUAUCACAAAUACCGCCCGAGAUUAUUGCUCAGCGUGCCGUGGAGUGCAAAUCCUAUUCCCGUGCUUUAUUCUAUUGGGAACAACACAUCCGCCACGUCCGCAAAGACCAAGUAAAUUAUGAGGCGAAACCUAGGAUGCUGGAGCGACUGCAGGAUAUUUAUACUCAAAUUGACGAACCCGAUGGUAUUGAGGGCAUUUCAGCUCAUCUCCAUGUUUUAGAUAUCGAGCAGCAAAUUCUGGGACAUCGCAAAGCUGGUCGCUGGACCGCUGCGCAAAGCUGGUAUGAAAUUAAGCUUGCUGAGAACCCUGAUGAUGUUGAUGUGCAAGUGAACCUACUUACAUGUCUGAAAGAAUCCGGCCAGCAUGGUAGGUAAUCUAAACAAAUUUCACUUCGCAAUACUAACAUUGUUUCUAGAUGUCUUAUUGAAUUACAUUGAAGGGAUGCGGACCGCAACCGACACUACGUCUCGCCUUCUCCCGUUUGCAACAGAAGCUUCAUGGUCAACAGGAAGAUGGCUAGCUCUGAGUAAAUAUACGUCUAUGGCGCCAAAAGGUAUGAGCGAAAAUUUCAAUGUGAGAGUUGGUCAAGCCCUUUUGGCACUGCACGCAAAAGAUAGCAAACUUUUCCAAGAGACCAUACAAGCGACCCGAAAACAAAUAGCGACUUCUCUUUCUGUGGCGGCGACAGCUUCGAUAGGCGAUUGUCAUGAUAACAUGCUCAAACUUCAUGUUCUUACUGAGCUUGAAAUGAUUGCUGGAGUCAAUCCUGGUGAGGUUGAUCGUCCAAAGGUUCUGGGAAAAUUGAAAACACGCCUCGAAAUGAUUGGUGCUUAUCUCAAUGAUAAGCAAUACUUGCUCGGAAUCAGACGCGCUGCGAUGCAAUUAUCAAGGUCGGUGGUGCUUUCUCAAACAAACCUGUCCAUGCUAAUACUUUCCAGCGCAAGUUUUACGCAAGGGGACGUUGCAGAGGCUUGGCUCACGAGUGCACGGUUGGCUAGAAAAGGAAAUGCCAUGCAUCAAUCUUUCAAUGCAGUCCUCCAUGCAUCGCAGCUAAAAGACGAAUCUGCAACCAUUGAACAUGCCCGAUUGCUAUGGAAAGAGGGGCACCAUCGAAAGGCAAUUCAAAAUCUACAAGGAGCCAUCGAAAAUAAUGCAUUCAUAUCCCAUAAUAGAGAAGCUGACAUGACUACCUACACUGGAGUUGACUCUGUUGACCAACAAAACUUCUUAACGGCCAGAGCACACCUUUUGCUCGCGAAGUGGAUGGAUAGCGCUGGACAAACUAACGCAGCGUCUCUACGAACGCAAUAUCAGCUUGCAGCAAAAACUCACUCAAAUUGGGAAAAGGGUCAUUAUUACCUUGGCAGGCAUUAUAACAAAAUUCUUGAGGCUGAAAAAUCGCAACCACCCGAGCUGCAAUCUGAAAAAUGUUUGACGGGUGAGACUGCCAAGUUGGUUAUUGAAAAUUAUCUUCGCUCGUUGAAUUAUGGCACAAAGUAUCUUUACCAAACCCUGCCUCGACUGCUUACACUAUGGCUUGAGCUUGGUACACAGAUCAACCAGCCAAUUGAUCCACGCCAUGGAGGAAAUUCCAAAGAGUUUGUUACCGGAAUUACCAACAGAAGAAAGGAUCACUUGCAAAACGUACAUCUUCGAUUCACCAAGUAUAUUUCCAAAAUGCCGGCUUACAUGUUCUACACCGCCCUUCCGCAAAUUGUUGCCAGAAUUAAUCACCCAAACCCCGAUGUAUCGAAAUUUUUGACUCACAUCAUAUACAAAGUUGUGGCUGCGCAUCCACAACAGGCCCUUUGGAGUUUACUGGCGGUAUGCUCAUCCACUCAAAUGGAUCGCAAGACUAAAGGAGUGGGCAUUCUACAAAGUCUCCGUGGCAAUUCCAGCAAAAAGUCCGAGACGAGCUCCAUUGAUAUCAAAUCUUUGAUCAAAAGCGGCGAGCGCCUUGCAGACCAAUUGCUUCUGGCGUGUAAUGCAGGUGACUUUCAAGGCAAUCGAACUACUACGGCCAGUCUGAGCAAAGAUCUUGGAUUCAAUCAAAAAACCUGUUUACCUAGUCCAAUGGCUGUUCCUGUUGAACGGGUCCUUACCGCAACACUACCAACCCUGACUGACAACAUCAAAACUCACAAGGCAUUCUCUCGUGAUAUUGUUACCAUGCAGUCUUUCUCCGAUGAAGUCCUCGUAUUGAGCUCCCUUCAGAAACCUCGGAAGCUCGUAGCGAGGGGCUCCGAUGGCAAAGAAUAUGGCUUGAUGUGCAAGCCUAAAGAUGAUCUUCGAAAGGAUCAGCGUCUCAUGGAAUUCAAUAGCAUGAUUAAUCGGGCAUUGAAGCGAGAUGCAGAAGCCAGUAGGAGACAACUAUACAUCAAGACAUACGCUGUUACGCCACUUAAUGAGGAAUGUGGGUUAAUUGAGUGGGUGGAAGGUCUAAAGACUCUCCGAGAUAUUCUCCUCGCACUCUACAAGGCUCAGGGCAUUGGCGUCAAUUACAAAGAAAUUGAGGCUUACUGCGACGAAGCUUGCAGAUCUGAUGAGAAACUUCCGUUUUUUACCCAGAAGGUAUUGGGACAGUUCCCGCCUGUUUUCCAUAAAUGGUUUGUGCAGCAGUUCCCAGAACCCUUAACAUGGUUCGCAGCUAGACUUCGUUAUACCCGGUCUUGUGCAGUCAUGUCCAUGGUUGGAACAAUGCUGGGGUUGGGUGAUCGUCAUGGCGAAAAUAUACUCUUUGAAGAAGGAAAUGGCGGGACGUUUCACGUUGAUUUCAACUGCUUGUUUGAAAAGGGACUCACCUUUCAUAAACCAGAGCGCGUCCCGUUCAGACUCACGCAUAACAUGGUUGAUGCGAUGGGCAUGUAUGGCUACGAAGGUCCUUUCCGAAAAUCCUCAGAAUUGACUCUCAAACUUCUUAGGCAGCAUCAAGAGACUUUGAUGACUAUUCUGGAAGCAUUUAUUUAUGAUCCGACACUCGAUUUGUUGAAGAAAGUUGAGAAAAGAAAGAAAGAGGGAGUUUAUACGCCGCCGCAGACUGCACAAGGGGUGCUUGAUAAUAUUCGACGGAAAGUGAAAGGAUUAAUGCCCAAUGAAAGUGUACCUCUUGGUGUAGAAGGUCAGGUGGAGGAACUUAUUUCGCAGGCGACUAACCAAAAGUUUUUGGCUGGUAUGUAUAUUGGGUGGUGUUCGUUCUUUUGAGGGGGGUUACAUGGGUAAAAUGAGGGAGUUGUGUGCUAUAGCUAGAAUUUGGGAUUGCGCUGGCUUUCGAAAUUAAACGCGCACUGCUAGAGCGCUUUGGCAAUGUGCGGUUAUGUGUAGUGCUUAAAUAGACAGUUAAUUG